AUGAACAUGGAUAUGAAUAAGUCCCAUAAAAUCUUAACAUUUACCUGUGAUGCCUGCAAAAAAGUCAUACUACAAGUUCCCUCCCAGCUAGAUGCUGAGAAAUUUGUUGGUAGAGUUAACCUGAAGGAGUGCUUUCAAUCUGCAAAUCUAAUUCAUUCAAGUGACCCUGAUUUCCAAAUUUUAGAAGAUGGGUCUGUCUAUACAACAAAUGCUAUUCUUUUGUCCUCAGAGGAGAGAAGUUUUACCAUAUUACUUUACAACACUGAGAACCAAGAAGAAAAGAAACUACUUGUUCUUUUACGGCAUCAAACAAAGGUAUUAAAGAAGAGGCAUUCUAAAGAAAAAGUUCUAAGACGUGCCAAGAGAAGAUGGGCUCCUAUUCCUUGUUCAAUGCAAGAGAAUUCCUUGGGUCCUUUCCCACUUUUUCUUCAACAGAUUCAGUCUGACACUGCACAAAACUACACUAUAUUCUAUUCCAUAAGAGGACCUGGGGUGGACCGAGAACCUAUAAAUUUAUUUUAUGUAGAGAGAGAUACUGGAAACUUAUAUUGCACUCGUCCUGUAGAUCGUGAGGAGUAUGAAUCUUUUGAGCUAAUUGCCUUCGCCACAACUCCGGAUGGAUAUACUCCGGAACUUCCACUGCCCCUGGUAAUCAGAAUUGAGGAUGAAAAUGAUAACUACCCAGUUUUUACAGAAACAACUUACGUUUUUACAGUUUCUGAAAAUUGCAGAGUUGGUUCUACCGUGGGACAGGUAUGUGCAACUGACAAAGAUGAACCUGACACGAUGCACACGCGUCUCAAGUACUCCAUCAUCGAGCAGUUGCCAGCAUACCCCACGCUGUUUUCCAUGCAUCCAACUACAGGCGUGAUCACCACAUCAUCAUCUCAGCUAGACCGAGAGGUAACUGAUAAAUACCAGUUGAAAAUAAAAGUACAAGACAUGGAUGGUCAGUAUUUUGGUUUGCAGACAACUUCAACUUGCAUCAUUAAUAUUGGAGAUGUAAAUGACAACUUACCAACAUUUACCCGUACUUCUUAUGUGACGUCAGUGGAAGAAAAUACAGUUGAUGUGGAAAUCUUACGUGUUACUGUUGAGGAUAAGGAUUUAAUGAAUACUGUGAAUUGGAGAGCUAAUUAUACCAUUUUAAAAGGCAAUGAAAAUGGGAAUUUUAAAAUAGUAACAGACCCCAAAACCAAUGAAGGAGUUCUGUGUGUGGUUAAGCCACUGAAUUAUGAAGAAAGACAACAGGUGAACCUACAGAUUGGCGUAGUUAAUGAAGCUCUGUAUUCUAGAGAGGCUCGUUCACGAUCAGUCAUGAGCACAGCAACAGUUACUGUUAAUGUAAAAAAUCAGGAUGAGGGCCCCGAGUGUAGCCCUGCAGUGCAAACCGUUCAAAUUAAAGAAAAUGUGCCAGUGGGAACAAAGAGCAAUGGAUAUAAAGCAUAUGACCCCGAAACAAGAAGUAGCAGCAGCAUAAGGUAUAAGAAAUUAACUGAUCCAAAAGGGUGGGUCACAAUUGAUGAAAAGGAAGGAUCGAUCACAAUUUUCAGAAACCUGGAUAGAGAGGCAGAGAGCAUCAGAGAUGGUAUAUAUAAUAUCACAGUUCUUGCGUCAGACAAAGACGGGAAAACAUGUACUGGGACCCUGGGAAUUAUACUUCAAGAUGUGAAUGAUAAUGGCGCAGUUAUUCCAAAGCGGACAGUAGUAAUCUGCAAAACUGUCCUGUCAUCUGCGGAUAUUGUUGCUGUCGAUCCCGAUGGGCCUACGAAUGGCCCGCCCUUUGACUUCAGUUUGGAGAGUGAUCCUGAUUCAGACUUAGAAAGAAAGUGGAGAUUGACAAAAAUUAACGAUACGGCAGCUCGUCUUUUCUUUCAGGAGGACCUUCCGUUUGGAACGUACCGAGUACCUGUGAGAGUCACAGAUAGACACGGCCUGUCACUCAUCACUCCAUUGAAUGUUAUGUUAUGUGACUGUGUUACUGAAAAUGACUGCACGCUUCGCACAGAUCCGAGGACUGACCACGGAGAAGUGAGACUUGGAAAAUGGGCCAUCCUUGCAAUAUUGUUGGGCAUAGCCUUGCUCUUUUGUAUCCUAUUUACCUUAGUCUGUGGGAGUACUGGGGCAGCGAAGCAGCCCAAAGUAUUUCCUGAUGAUUUAGCCCAGCAGAACCUCAUUGUGUCAAACACAGAAGCUCCAGGAGACGACAAAAUAUGCCCCACGAAUGGCUUCACAAUGCAUACUGUGGGCAAUUCGGCUCAGGGAAUUUGUGGCACCCUGGAAUCAGGAGUGAAAAAUGGAGGGCAGGAAACCAUUGAGAUGGUGAAAGGUGGACACCAGACCCUGGAACCGUGCCGGGGGACCGGGCACCAUCACACCCUGGAUUCCUGCAGGGGAGGACCUGCGGAGGUGGACAACUGCAAAUACACCUACUCCGAGUGGCAUGAUUUCACUCAGACCCAUCUUGGUGAAAAGGUGCAACUGUGUAAUCAGGAUGACAAGCAUAAGCAUGCUCAAGACUAUGUCCUUACGUAUAACUACGAAGGCAAAGGAUCGGUGGCUGGUUCUAUAGGUUGUUGCAGUGAACGACAAGAAGAAGAUGGGCUUGAAUUUUUGGAUCAUUUGGAACCCAAAUUUAGGACACUAGCAGAAGCAUGCGUAAAGAGAUGAGUGUAUUCUAAUAAGUCUACAAAAGCCAGUGGCUUUAUCUCCCUCCCACCUGUGCUUUUUUCAUUACAAGCCAGGAUUUUUGAAAAAUAAAAGAUGCUGUGUUUCGGGUUUUCCCCUCUUUAUUUCCAUGGGAUCUCUUUAGCCAAGUGGGUAUUUACAGAAAAAUGCUGUAUAUACGUAUACAAAUUUCCCAGGUUUUACAUAGUUAUUAAUUAGUUGUCUUCCACCCAAGGAGACCUACAGAUAGAAAAAUUAAGGAAGUCUACAUUAUUGUUUACAUUUGGGUAUAAUGACAAUAGCCAGUUUAUAGUGCAAUAAAAUGUAAUGAAUUCAA